AAACCCCUCAUGAUAUUCAUUUAUUAUUGAAUGAAGAGCAAUGAAGAAUGCCUCAACCAAAAAGCCUUUGUAACUUCAACGCUGGUACUUCCCCCUCUGCAUUAAAUGACUAAACUGCCCCCACACUCAUCCAAUUUCAAUGACAGAAAUAACACCAUUUUUACAAAAUUUAAACCUUUAAAUUACACAUCUGCCCUUCUCUCGCUGUCUGGCUAGAUUUCCUCGUCCCCAAAAGCCCUUAUUUAUUCCCGCGACCCUUUCAGUAACCCUCUACAGCUCUUCGUCUUCUUCCUCUCCCUCUGCUCUUCGUGAAAUAAGCAAAUCCUAGCUUCAGGAGCGUUAAUGGCCGCCGACGUGACUUCGAUCGUGCGAAUCAUGGAGGUGGGGAGAGAGGAUGCUGAUGGGAAGCGAAGGGGACUCUUGACACGUGAUCUCCUCGGCGGCGGUGCGGUCGCCGUCGGGCCCUCGACGGAGCUUGAUCUUGACCUACAAGUUCCCUCCGGAUGGGAGCGCCGCCUCGAUCUCAAGUCGGGGAAAACAUACCUUCACAAAAUAAACUCCGAUCUACUCUCUCGCAAACUCCACGACCUCAAUCUUCCCCCUCCGUCAUCUUCACCGACCUCCUUGCCAGAGGAUUCAGCCCUCCUCGAUCUAAGGCUCGCCGGCGGAGCAAUUUCCGGUGAGUACCAAAGCGUAUGCACGCUGGAGAAGGUGAAGUCCGCAUUGGAGCGCGCGCAUCGAAGGCAAGUGGAGGGAGAAAGCGCUUGCCCUUCGGGAUCGCCGUCAUCGUCGACGACAUCUCUGUCGGCGAAGCGACUAGGGUUAGCGGAGGAAGACGACGGUGGUUCAGAUUUCACCGGGGGGAUGAUGGCGGCGGCUUGCCCUAGCUGUCUUUUAUACGUGUUGAUAUCGAAAGCGAAUCCGCGGUGUCCGCGGUGCGACUCGCACGUGCCGGUUCCUUUCUUGCCGAAAAAGCCCAGAUUUGAUCUCAACUCUUCUUAUUGAAAAAAAAAAAUUGU